CGAUUGAACAUUUGAAUGUUUCAAAAUUGACACAGAAUGCCAACAUCUUCAUGACUGUAAUCCACGUAAUUAAAAAAAAAAAACAAAAACGAAUAACAGAUAUUCUCUCUCUCAUUAUCUAUGUAAUUCCAUGAAUGAGACCCAAGCUUUCUUAUCAUAUCUAAUUCCCCCCCUCUCUCUCUCUCUCUUCUGUGAAAAAGAAACUUCUUGUUUGUAGCUAAUUUCUGGGAAAACUAUAAUAUCUCAGGGAGGGAAGGCUCAAAUUCAAUGAUUGCCAUGAUCAGAAAGCUUGGAAGAAAAGCUGACAGUUUUGUUAAUGGAAUUCUAGACCAUGUUAAACUGUCGCCGAACGUCGCCGAGACCGUGAAGGGAAAGCUGUGGUUGGUAGCAAAACUUGUUCAGUUUGGUGGGAGUGGGAAGAUCUUUCAGAAGCUGUUCAAUCUCAGACAAGGAGACAAGUUGCUGAGUUCUUCCCACUGUUAUUUAUCAACCACUGCAGGUCCUAUAGCAGGCCUCCUCUUUAUCUCCACCAAUGCAGUUGCCUUCUGCAGUGACAGACCAAUCAUCAUCACUUCUCCACAUGGAGAAUUGGGCAGAUUCAAUUACAAAGUUAUGAUCCCAGUGAAGAAGAUGAAGAGAGUAAACCAGACAGAGAAUGUAAGCAAUCCAUCAAAAAAGUACAUUCAAGUGGUGACAGUGGAUGACUUUGACUUCUGGUUUAUGGGUUUUUUGAAUUAUGGGAAAGCAUUUAAGUUCCUCCAAAAGGGGGUUUCUGAGGAUUAA